AUGGACGAUACUGACACUAUGAGUGUUCUUGAACGCCCCCUCAGUUUGCUCCGGAAGCGUUUCUAUGUUUUUGUUGUGAACAGUGAGCAUGGAGGCUUAUGCGUUGAAACGUUUCAAAAACAGGUUAAUGUAGCUGAAUCCAUAAUGAAUUUUGACGGACUGGACGGAGGGAUGGGCGAGUACCCCCCCAGCCUUCACGGCGCCCUGGACGCAGACCUGGAGCCCUCCAUGGACCCUCACCUGAACGCAAACCUGCUGCAGGGCGUGGAGCUCGAUCCAGAGGGGCUGACCAUGACAGUCCCCGAGCCCGUGCACCUGAUGGAGGGAAUGUUUUCCGAGCUCCACAGUGCUGUCUCAGAAGUGGGAAUCCCAGUCACUGCCACGCAUUUCGAUCUCCAGGAGGAGAUGCUCUGGAUGGGAAACCACAGAGGCCAUGUGACGUCGUUCUUUGGACCUACGAUGGGCCGCUAUUCCUCUUUCCAAGCGCACGCCGCAGACGACAUCCGGCACAUUCAGAGUUUAGAGACGGGGGUGUUGUUCCUUUCGAAGAGUAACCUCAAAUGCUACACCCGAGGGGGCCUUGUUAUGUUUGAUUACCCGAUGGAGGAAGGGGCUGACAUGCACAGUCUCCUCAUGAGUGACAACAACACACUGCUCAUGGGUGGAUUGCAAAAUUACGUGGUGGAAGUUGACCUCAACACAGUUCAAGAGACCCAAAAAUUCACAGUUGAGGUUCCAGGAGUGGCGAUAAUGCGCCAGACUAGUCGUUACUUUUUCUGUGGGCACACCUCCGGCAAGGUCACCCUCCGGGACCUGCGCAGCUUCAAGACGGAGCAAGAGUUCGACGCUUUCUCGGGCAGCUUGUCGGACUUCGACGUGCACGGGAACCUGCUGGCCGCCUGCGGCUUCUCCAGCCGGGGGCUGAACGGGCUGGCGUGCGACCGCUUCCUGAUGGUGUACGACCUGCGCAUGAUGCGGGCCGUCACUCCGCUGCAGGUGCACGUGGAUCCCCUCUUCCUGCGCUUCAUUCCCACGUACACAUCGCGCCUGGUCAUCAUCUCGCAGACAGGUCAGUGUCAGUUCUGCGAGCCCACCGGCCUCGCCAACGUGGCGGACAUCUUCCACGUCAACACCGUCGGCCAGCUGCUCAUGAGCUUCGACGUGUCGUCCAGCAAACAAGCCCUGGCCUUCGGGGACUCGGGGGGGUGCCUUCACUUGUGGUCCGACGUCCCCGAAGUGUCCUUCAACGACUACUCCCGGGAGACGGAGUUCGCCCUGCCCUGCCUGGUGGACUCGCUGCCCCAGCUGGACUGGAACCACGACCUGUUGCCCCUCUCUCUCAUUCCACUGCCGCUGACCAGCACCGAGCCGCUGCUGUCCGAGUGGCCCGCUGCCGUGGCAACGCCAAACCCCAGGCGAGCUCCUCCUGUGGACCCAGAAAUCCUGCGCACGAUGAAGACGGUGGGAUUCAUCGGCUACGCUGCAAACCCCCGAACACGCCCUCGGAACCAGGUUCCCUAUAAAAUCAAAGACGUGGAGCUCGAUUAUGACAGUUACAACCAGGUCCCAGAGUCCCCAAUCGGACGCGAUGAAGAACCGCACCUCUGCAUGGUCCCCAAGAAGUACAGAAAGGUCACGAUUAAGUACUCCAAACUUGGGCUGGAGGACUUUGACUUUAAACAUUACAACAGAACCUUAUUCGCUGGCCUGGAGCCGCACAUUCCCAAUGCCUACUGUAACUGCAUGAUUCAGGUGUUGUAUUUUCUGGAGCCGAUCCGCUGUCUGGUGCAGAAUCAUCUUUGCCAGAAGGAGUUCUGUUUGGCCUGCGAGCUCGGCUUCCUCUUCCACAUGUUGGAUUUGUCACGAGGAGAUCCGUGUCAGGCCAGUAACUUCCUCCGGGCGUUCCGCACGAUCCCCGAGGCCUCGGCCCUGGGUCUGAUCCUGGCAGACUCAGACGAGCAGACGGGGAAAGCCAAACUCGGCCGCCUGAUCCAGAGCUGGAAUCGCUUCAUCCUCACUCAGCUCCACCAGGAGACCCAGGAGCAGGAGGGUCCUCAGGCCUACCGGGGAGCCAGCAGCAGUGCUCUGGGCUCCUCCAGCGAGUCGGCCAUCGGAAAGCUGUUUGGCUGCGAGGUGGAGAACAGCAGCCUGUGUCGCUGUGGGAAGGAAACGGUCCGCUCCUCGCUCACGCUGCUCUUCACCAUGCACUACCCCGAGCAGAACUCCCAGGACAAAACGGUGAAAGAAUACGACUUUGCCGAAAUCCUGAAGAGGAGCAUCUGUCUGGAGCAGAGCACUCAGGCCUGGUGUGAGAACUGUGAGAAGUAUCAGCCCACAAGGUUCUUGCGUGAUGAUGCAAGAGAUCCCAGCAGCCCCCGGGCCCUCAGGUGGGCUCCUAAAUGUUAA